GGAGGGCCGUCUGGUCUCUCGGGCAGGUCCGGUCAAUAUUGAAAUUUUCUACAGAGAACAAUCAGGAGAGAGAGAGAGAACGACGCCUAAGAUAGGCAGUAUCUACCUAGAUACCUAUACAAAUGGCCAAAGGCAUGUUCUCUCCACGAUUCCGACCUCUGAUUUUAACCUGCGCGACGCUGGCGGUUAUCAUCUUCCUUACGUUGUCCACCUAUCAGGGCAUGCCUCUGGAGCCAGUUGGAACCACCGAUCUGAAGGAAGCCGAUCUCAAGAAUGAACGGACGAUACGCGCUCUGGGCGAGAUGGCCGCGACACAGUCGACAUCUAUCGGGCUGGUCAUGGCCAAGACGAGAAGGGAAGACGUGACGUGGGUGUUGGAGUAUUGCAGGAAGUAUAAUACAACACCCUUCGUUUACACCACCGACACCGUCCCCGAACCUCAUCUUCUCCUCCCCCUCGCCCAACGCGGACGUGAAGUGUCCGCGUACCUAUCGUACCUUGUCCAGUUCUACGACGCUCUCCCGCCGUACUCGAUCUUCGUGCACGCCAACGAAAAACAAUGGCACAACGACCUGUUCGGUCCGAAGACGAGCGCCGCGGUGCGCAAUCUCCGCCUCGAGGCCGUCGACGCGUUAGGCUACGUCAAUCUCCGCUGCGACCAUGUCCCCGGCUGUCCGACACAUGUGCACCCGCACGAUCCGUCAAAGGUCGAUAUCGAGAACAAGGAUAUCCGGGCAGCCUUUGCGGGCGUGUACCAGCACCUCUUUGCUGUCGAGAACUUGCGCGAUGUCCCGCAGCAUAUCGGGGGGGUCUGUUGUGCUCAGUUUGCCGUUAGUAGGGCGCGAAUCCGCCAACGCCCGCGCACCGACUAUGAACGCAUGUUGCAUUGGGCCAAUUCGACCGAUCUGACAGAUAGCUUUGGUGUGGGUUGGGUGUUUGAAACCAUCUGGCAUGUUGUUUUUGGGAUGGACGAUAUCUACUGCCCGUCUUAUGAACAGUGUCGAUGUGAUGUCUAUGGGUGGUGUGGACCGCUUGAAUCAGGAAUGACAUUAUCUGCUGUACAUAAGUAGGUUAUGAAAUAAAUAUACGAUCUAACUAUUUACUUCUCCCCUCAUAAUCCACUGUAAAUCACAUAAUUGUAAUCAUCCCCUCGGUAGCUUUUCGUAUCUUUCACCAUGAGAUGGACAUCGUCAGAGGCAUCUAGAUAGAUCCUGACAUGUCCGUCGACUCCGUUGUCGUUGAAGUUACAGGCAACGCCCUGCUUGACGUCCCCAUCUGCAUGGCAGAGCGUGUUACCGUUUGUCUCAUCGCUGACGGAGAGGGUUGCUGCAUGGGAAGGUUGGAUAGUGAUCGAGAUCUAUUGAAGCCUUUAGUACAUAGUUCUUUAAAAUCAAUUCUCGCUGUUGUACCUGGUACGGGGAAUAGGUUUCUGAGCAGGACACAGAGC